UGACCGCCCGCUUAGCCGGACCCCUGCGGCCGAGCCGACCUCGGGGCUGGGUGCCCCUGACGCCUGCGGCGCAGCGGGUCUCGCGGCUGGGUGCCCCUGACGCCUGCGGCCGAGCGGGCCUCGGGGCUGGGUGCCCCUGACCCCUGCGGCCAGGCCGACCUCGGGGCUGGGUGCCGUGGGCCGCUGCCCGCCCGCCGCCAUGAGCAGGCCCAGCCGGCUGCAGAGGCAGGUGCUGAGCCUGUACCGCGAGCUGCUGCGCGCCGGGCGCGGGAAGCCGGGCGCCGAGGCGAGGGUGCGGGCCGAGUUCCGCCGGCACGCCGGCCUGCCGCGCUCCGACGUGCUGCGCAUCGAGUACUUGUACCGCCGCGGACGGCGCCAGCUCCAGCUGCUGCGCUCGGGCCACGCCACGGCUAUGGGCGCCUUCGUACGCCUGCGGGAGCCUGGCGGUGUGGGAGGCCCGGGGGGCCUGCCCGACGACGGGGACGGCCCGCGGAGUCCACUCGAAGGCGCGAGGGUACCGAAGACACCGCCCGGUGGACGGUGACCGGCGGAAGAGCCCACUCGAUGGGGCCAGGGGGCGCGCCUGCCUGCGUGGGGAAGCUGGGGAGCCCUCCUGAUGGAAGGUUAGAGGUCUCCAGAGCCUGGCUCACCGGUUAGUGGAAUCAGAGAGCUCUUCCGGCGGCGUGAGGGGCUCAGAGAGUCCCGUGAUGGACACCAAGAGAUGCUUGCUGCGUGGUGACCUGUCGGACUCCCUGCAGGACGGUUUGGGGUGGGACGCCCGCUGGCUGGACCUCAUCAAGCUGAGAGCUCCUUACCCAAAGGCAUGGGGGGCAGGGAUGCCUCCCUGAUGGGCAAAGAGAGACCGAGAUACCUCUCUUGAUCCCUGAGAACAUAACCACCCCUUAGUUUCUCAAAAUGACUCACCUUUCCCAUACUUUGAGAAGAGCAGACUUUUUGCUGAAAAGGAGUUUGGGUAAAGAUACCCUGAUGGACGAUAAGAAGUCUGGAACCCCUCUUUAGAAAACCCCGCCCCCGUUAAUUGUGACAAACCAGGACUGGUCAGGAAGGAGUUAGGGAUCCCUCACCCCAGCUCACCAACUCAAGCCCCCUCAAGACCUCUAUUGAUGGUUCUGAGGGGUAUCUCCAACCCGUGCACACACACACACCCAGGGCUGUUGAACAAAGGGAAUAAAAUUAAGGAUGUGCUUACUGCCCUGUU